AUGCAAAAACUGCAAAUCUAUGUUUAUAUUUACCUAUUUAUGCUGAUUGUUGCUGGUCCAGUGGAUCUGAAUGAGAACAGCGAGCAAAAGGAAAAUGUGGAAAAAGAGGGGCUGUGUAAUGCAUGUAUGUGGAGACAAAACACUAAAUCCUCAAGACUUGAAGCCAUAAAGAUCCAAAUCCUCAGUAAACUUCGCCUGGAAACAGCUCCUAACAUCAGCAAAGAUGCUAUAAGACAACUUUUGCCCAAAGCUCCUCCACUCCGGGAACUGAUUGAUCAGUACGAUGUCCAGAGAGAUGACAGCAGUGACGGCUCCUUGGAAGAUGAUGAUUACCACGCUACGACGGAAACGGUCAUUACCAUGCCCACAGAGUCUGAUCUUCUAAUGCAAGUGGAAGGAAAACCCAAAUGUUGCUUCUUUAAAUUUAGCUCUAAAAUACAAUACAAUAAAGUAGUAAAGGCCCAACUGUGGAUAUAUCUGAGGCCAGUCAAGACUCCUACAACAGUGUUUGUGCAAAUCCUGAGACUCAUCAAACCCAUGAAAGACGGUACAAGGUAUACUGGAAUCCGAUCUCUGAAACUUGACAUGAACCCAGGCACUGGUAUUUGGCAGAGCAUUGAUGUGAAGACAGUGUUGCAAAAUUGGCUCAAACAACCUGAAUCCAACUUAGGCAUUGAAAUCAAAGCUUUAGAUGAGAAUGGUCAUGAUCUUGCUGUAACCUUCCCAGGACCAGGAGAAGAUGGGCUGAAUCCCUUUUUAGAAGUCAAGGUAACAGACACACCAAAAAGAUCCAGGAGAGAUUUUGGACUCGACUGUGAUGAGCACUCCACAGAAUCUCGAUGCUGUCGUUACCCUCUAACUGUGGAUUUUGAAGCUUUUGGAUGGGAUUGGAUUAUUGCACCUAAAAGAUAUAAGGCCAAUUACUGCUCUGGAGAGUGUGAAUUUGUAUUUUUACAAAAAUAUCCUCAUACCCAUCUUGUGCACCAAGCAAACCCCAGAGGUUCAGCAGGCCCCUGUUGUACUCCCACAAAGAUGUCUCCAAUUAAUAUGCUAUAUUUUAAUGGCAAAGAACAAAUAAUAUAUGGGAAAAUUCCAGCCAUGGUAGUAGAUCGCUGUGGGUGCUCAUGA